CCAGUUAUAAUUGUGAUUCAAGACACAACUUCUAUCAGCAGCAACCCAGUCAGACCAUGGCUGGCUUCAGACAAGAGGAUGUGGAGGUGUUCUAUGAUAUGGGGGAGGAGCUGGGGAGUGGACAAUUCGCCAUCGUACGGAAGUGUAAAGACAAGAGUUCUGGCUCGGAGUACGCCGCCAAGUUAAUCAAGAAGCGUCGCCUGUCGUCCAGCCGCCGGGGCGUGAGCCGCGAGGAGAUCGAGAGGGAGGUGAACAUCCUGAGAGAGAUCCAGCACAGCAACAUCAUCACGCUGCACGACAUCUUCGAGAACAAGACAGACGUCAUCCUCAUCCUGGAGCUCGUGUCUGGAGGGGAACUAUUUGACUUCCUGGCAGAGAAGGAGUCUCUAACAGAGGAGGAAGCCACACAGUUCCUCAAACAGAUCCUGGACGGGGUCCACUAUCUACACUCCAAACGCAUCGCUCACUUUGACCUGAAGCCAGAGAACAUCAUGCUGCUUGAUAAGAACGUUCCCAACCCCAGGAUCAAACUCAUCGACUUUGGCAUCGCUCAUCAGAUCAAAGCUGGAAAUGAGUUUAAGAAUAUCUUUGGAACGCCAGAGUUUGUUGCUCCAGAGAUAGUCAACUAUGAACCACUCGGACUGGAGGCUGAUAUGUGGAGUAUUGGAGUUAUCACGUACAUUCUUUUGAGUGGUGCCUCUCCGUUCCUGGGGGAGACCAAGCAGGAGACUCUGACCAACAUCUCUGCUGUCAACUAUGACUUUGACGAGGAGUACUUCAGCAACACCAGUGAGCUGGCCAAGGACUUCAUCAGACGCCUGCUGGUCAAGGAUCCCAAGAAGAGGAUGACCAUCGAUGACAGCCUUCAGCAUCCCUGGAUCAAGGUGAUCAAGAGGCGGAACGUGCGCCAGGAGGAGAGCGGGAAGAAGCCGGAGCGCAGGCGUCUGAAGACCACGCGUCUAAAGGAGUACACCAUCAAGUCCCACUCCUCCAUGCCCCCCAACAACACCUACGUCAACUUCGAACGCUUCUCCCAGGUGCUGGAGGAGAUCGCUGCUGCUGAGGAGGGGCUGAGAGACCUGGAACAAAACCAGAGGUCGUGCCGGGAGGACGUGGCUGCUCUCCUGUCUAUCUACGAGGAGAAGGAGGGCUGGUACAAGGAGGAGAACCAGAGCAUCGCCAGCGACCUGGGUCACAUCCGCCAGGAGCUGCAGCGUACCCAGGCCCAGCGCAGGCAGAGUCAGGAGGACGCCCGCGCCACCAUGCUGGCUGCUAACGCCCUCAAGAGGAAGUUUGGCCGUCUGGAGAACCGUUACGAGGUCCUGGCAGAACAGGUGGCAUCGGAGGUGCUCUGGGUGGAGGAGCUGGUCAGGGGGAUAGAGAAGGAGAAGGACAGCCUCGUCAUGCCCUGAGUUUGGUCUGGCUUCUAGUAUCACUGACCUGGUCAUGCCCUGAGGCCAGCCUGGCUUCUAGUAUCACUGACCUGGUCAUGCCCUGAGGCCAGCCUGGCUUCUAGUAUCACUGACCUGGUCAUGCCCUGAGGCCAGCCUGGCUUCUAGUAUCACUGACCUGGUCAUGCCCUGAGGCCAGCCUGGCUUCUAGUAUCACUGACCUGGUCAUGCCCUGAGGCCAGCCUGGCUUCUAGUAUCACUGACCUGGUCAUGCCCUGAGGCCAGCCUGGCUUCUAGUAUCACUGACCUGGUCAUGCCCUGAUGCCAGCCUGGCUUCUAGUAUCACUGACCUGGUCAUGCCCUGAGGCCAGCCUGGCUUCUAGUAUCACUGACCUGGUCAUGCCCUGAGGCCAGCCUGGCUUCUAGUAUCACUGACCUGGUCAUGCCCUGAGGCCAGCCUGGCUUCUAGUAUCACUGACCUGGUCAUGCCCUGAGGCCAGCCUGGCUUCUAGUAUCACUGACCUGGUUUCUAGUAUCACUGACCUGGUCAUGCCCUGAGGCCAGCCUGGCUUCUAGUGUCACUGACCUGGUCAUGCCCUGAGGCCAGCCUGGCUUCUAGUAUCACUGACCUGGUCAUGCCCUGAGGCCAGCCUGGCUUCUAGUAUCACUGACCUGGUCAUGCCCUGAGUUUGGUCUGGCUUCUAGUAUCACUGACCUGGUCAUGCCCUGAGGCCAGCCUGGCUUCUAGUAUCACUGACCUGGUCAUGCCCUGAGGCCAGCCUGGCUUCUAGUAUCACUGACCUGGUCAUGCCCUGAGGCCAGCCUGGUUUGGUACAGACACCGGUCUUAUAUACCAGCUGUCAUUACAUUCAGAACAAGGGCCCAGAGUUUUUCUGGUGAGGGGAAAACUCUGGCCCCUGACCUUAAGCCAUGAUGCUAACCCGUCAGACAUUUGAUUAGGAAAAAUGAUCCCCCCCUCCCCAUCUUCCCUUUCUAAUGAGAGCACCAACAAUGUAUAGAGUCCCUCCCUACUAUAAAUACAUUUAAUCAACGAAAUAUGUGUUUAAAGAAUGUCCAUUCCAGUAUUUUCUAAAUUUAUUCAUAAUGUUGAAAAUGGUAAAGAUUGUGAUUCAUUUUUGCAGUAUAUUUGGUUAAGAUGGUGAUACAUACAUACAGGAAGGUUUUCUGCACCUGCAAUCAUUUUCCUAUAGUUUUUAGCCCCAUACUUAAAGGGAUAUUUAUCAUUAACAGCUGACUAUGAUUAACCAAUAAGGCCCGAGGGGGUGUGGUAUACGGCCAGUAUACCGUGGCUAAGGGCUGUUCUUAUGCAACGCGGAGUGCCUUUGGACACAGUCCUUAGCCGUGGUAUAUUGUCCAUAUACCACAAAUCCCCAAGGUGCCUUAUUGCUAUUAUAAACUGGUUACCUACAUAAUUAGAGCAGUAAAAACAAAUGUUUCGUCAUACCCGUGGUAUACAGUCUGAUAUACCACGGCUGUCAGCCAAUCAGCAUUCAGGGCUGGCACCACCCAGGUUAUAAGUAACAACAACAUAGUAGAAACAAUAGAACGUGUUAUAGGGAGAUUCCAUUUUGAAGUUAAUCUUAUUGACACUCAACAACCGUCUUGCUGUACUGCGAAGCUACAGACAAAGAUGCAGAUACUAUAUUAUAUAUUUAUACUAUAUAAAUACUAAUAGUUCUCUUACGUGUGAAGAGAGUCGUCUUAAAAUGGAUUGUACAAACCUGUUUUGCAACUUGCACGCAGCCUGUACAUUGAACACCUUAUUGCCUAUACAUAAGCUAAAUCAAGUGUGUAGUAAUGUCUAAACCUCUUCAUGAAUAAUGGAAGUCUAGUGACUGUCCCUCCAAAACGUUUUAGGCCGGUUUCCCGGACACCGAUUAAGCCUAACCCUGGACUAUAAAUAAUGGUCAAUGGAGAACCUCCAUUUAGAAAAUAGCAUUUUAGUUCAGUAUUUAGCUUAAUCUGUGUCCGGGGAAAACCGUCCCUUUCGAAUACAACUAUUGCACAGUAGCCUCAUACCAAAUGAUCUGCAUGUCUAUCUGCUACUAUAUUUGAAUGAUUAUUUUAGUCAGCCUUCUGUCGCUAUGACCAUAGCCCCACACUACAGACAUUCCAUGAGUUGGUCUUAAAUCUAUGCAUCACAUUCCAUGUUCCACCUAGAACUCUAUGUACUGUACACUUCCCUAGUUUAAUAUACUAUUUUGCACUUAAAUAUAGCUGUGUUCCAAACUAUUUCCCAUUUAAUCGUUUCUUUUUUUUAAUGUACCCAAAAUGUAUAAUGGUAUGUAUUGUUAAGUUUGAAUGAUGACAUAUUUAGAUGGGGUUUUGUUUCAAAUAAACAAACUCAUAACCUAAA